CGAGAACCAUUCUCUAUCGCCCGUUCAUUAUCGAAUGCAUCAAGAGGUCAUCCACAGGUAACAUAUUUUCCCCGUUCUGUGAAAAGCGCACAACCCUCAAGCAGACGUACUUUCUCCAACUCGGGGAGAUAUGCUGCCCCUAUAUUUGCGCCAAAUGUGUGGAUGAAACGGGCACCGUCUGCCAGCACAUCAACUUUCGUGCUCCCGAUCGCCCUCCAAUGUCGAGCGUACCGACGUUGUGUACCCCGAUUAUCCCCCGUACCGUCCCAACCCGCCACAUCAACAGAAAAUCCCACGAAACGAAUCCCUCUAGCAGAUACAUCCAGCACAGCAGUCACGAAACCUACUCCGAAGGCUGUCAUUGAAGCAAAACCACAUCGCCCAGCAUACGAACAUGACUUAGGCGACACGGUGCACUUGUCUCAGGCCGAGCAGCGAAAGUCGGAUUGGAAUAUCCUCAAGCAAUUGGCAGUCAAUGUGUGGCCGAAGGGGGAAUGGGAUAUCAAGGCCAGGGUCGUGGCUGCGUUCGGGUUGCUCAUCAUUGGAAAGAUUGCGACGGUACAAGUCCCAUUCUUCUUCAAAGGAGUUGUAGAUGCCCUCAAUGUCCCAGUAACCGCUGAUACGACUGUGUGGGUAGUGGCGGGGGCAGUGAUUGCCGGGUACGGCCUGGCUAGAAUUAUGUCAACCGUUUUCAGCGAACUCAGAAACGCCAUCUUUGCCAAGGUUGCCCAACGUGCGAUUCGACGUGUCGCACGUGACACAUUCGAUCAUCUUCUGAAUCUUGACCUGAAAUUUCACCUAUCUCGACAAACGGGUGGGCUCACAAGGGCUAUUGACCGCGGAACAAAGGGCAUCACAUUCAUGCUCACAUCAAUGGUGUUUCAUGUCGUGCCCACUGCCUUAGAAAUUACUAUGGUGUGUGGCAUCCUGACUUGGAGUUACGGGGCUAACUACGCGAUCGUGACUGCACUUACGAUGGCAGCAUAUACGUGGUUCACUGUCAGAACAACCUCUUGGCGCACGCGUUUCCGCCGGGAAGCCAAUCAGGCGGAUAAUAAGGCCGCCACUACGUCCGUUGAUUCACUCAUCAAUUACGAGGCCGUCAAGCACUUCAACAACGAAAAAUACGAAGUCGGACAAUAUGAUAAACAUUUGUCCCAUUAUGAGGACGCCUCAUUGAAGAUCGCAACAUCCCUUUCCUACCUUAAUUCGGGACAGAACGUCAUCUUCUCCUCGGCUUUGACUAUCAUGAUGUUCCUCGCUGCACAGGGCAUCAUAAACGGCCACAUGACUGUGGGCGAUCUGGUGAUGGUCAAUCAGCUCGUGUUCCAACUAUCUUUACCAUUAAACUUCCUGGGAACGGUGUACAGAGAAUUGAGGCAGAGCUUGUUGGACAUGGAAAUUCUCUUCAAUAUUCGCCGCAAUAACAAGCCCAUCGUGGAUGCACCUGGAGCAAAGGCACUUGUGUUGAAAGGCGGCGAAAUCAAAUUCGAUCGUGUUGCCUUUGCAUAUCAUCCAGAGCGCCCCAUUUUCCGAGACAUAUCGUUCACAAUCCCAGCAGGAAAGAAGGUCGCUAUCGUUGGACCUAGCGGUUCUGGGAAAUCCACAGUGUUCAGACUGCUAUUCAGGUUUUACGAGCCAGACGCGGGAAGGAUUCUCAUUGAUGGUCAAGAUCUGCGCGACGUUACCUUGGACAGCCUCCGACAUUCCAUUGGCGUCGUACCACAGGACACACCGCUCUUCCAUCAGGACGUGAUGCACAAUAUCCGUUAUGGCCGUAUAUCGGCAACAGACGAGGAAGUUGUGGAGGCAGCGAAGAAAGCGAACGUGCAUCACACCAUUGAACGCAUGGCUCAGAAGUACCAGACGCAAGUUGGUGAACGAGGCCUGAUGAUCUCAGGAGGGGAGAAACAGCGUCUAGCCGUGGCGAGGGUCCUGCUAAAGGACCCGCGUAUUCUGUUCUUUGACGAAGCGACGUCGGCACUGGACAGUCAGACAGAAAUGGAGCUCAUGAAGAAUAUCAACUCUACGCUGCUGGACAAGAAGCGCACAAGCGUGUUCAUCGCCCAUCGUUUACGUACAAUAGCCACAGCUGACCUCAUCAUUGUUAUUAAAGAUGGGUACGUAGUGGAACAAGGCACUCACGACGAGCUCAUGCGCGCUGGCGGGCUCUACGACUCCAUGUGGUUUGCUCAAGCGAACGACCCAACAGAGUCCGCUCCCAUCGCGAAGAACGAAGAGGACGGCAAGGACGAAGGGGACAAUGAGGAAACUGAUAGCGAAGGGAAGGAAUCCGAGGAACGGCCCGCCAAAUAGGCCUGCACCCGAUUUGGUCUAGGACACCUGUGCACAUGUCAUGCCUAUGAAUAAGGAAAAUAUUGACCACUUGUUGUACUGUGUACGCACUGAUCCAUGCAAUCC